ACACACACACACACACAGAGUUUCUGGUCUGUUCAUCAUCAGCUAGCCGGUUCUCACUCAACUUUCCGGCUAUGGACGCUGCAACAAUUACCACGAAAGCUUCAUCUUCCUCUUUCGUCUACAAAUCCCCUAACCCGAGCCCCAAAAACUCAAACCCUAGACCAACCACACCCUCCCUUUCCGCUUUUUCCUUCUGCAGGCCUCUCAAAUGCAUACAAACACCAAACCCAGAUCAUAAUUCCCUGUCUUUUGCCAAACCCAAAUCCCGGAACCUUAAUUCAGUCCUCUCAUGCUUAGCGGUUACUUCUUUUCCGCCACCCACCUCUGAUCUUCCGAAAACGAAGCUCCAAACCCUCGUCACAGAAUUCCAAAAUCUCUCGGAACCCAUCGACCGCGUGAAGAGAUUUUUACACUACGCAUCACUUCUUCCUCCAUUCGAUGAAUCAUUGAAAGUCACUGAAAACCGAGUCAUGGGUUGUACGGCUCAAGUUUGGCUACAUGUGAAAAUGGAUAAUGAGGGAAAGAUGAGGUUUGUAGCAUAUAGCGAUUCGGAGAUUACAAAAGGGUUUUGUGCUUGUUUGAUUGGGAUGCUUGAUGGGUCGGCGCCGGAGGAAGUGUUGGGAUUGAGCACGGACGAUUUGGGGGUUUUGAAUGUUGUGGGGUUGCAUGGGAAGGUGAAUUCUAGAGUGAAUACUUGGCAUAAUGUGUUGAUUAGUAUGCAGAAAAAAACUAAGGCUUUGGUGGCAGAAAAAGAGGGGAAGCUACCCGGUGAGCCGUUUCCGUCGUUGGUCGUCACUGCUGAUGGGAUACAUGCCAAAGGAAGCUAUGCUCAAGCUCAGGCAAGGUUUUUGUUCCCCGAUGAGUUAAAGGUUGAAGAGCUUGCCAAUCUACUAAAGGAGAGGAAAAUUGGCGUUGUUGCACAUUUUUACAUGGACCCUGAGGUCCAAGGGGUUUUAACUGCUGCACAGAAGCUGUGGCCUCACAUACACAUAUCUGAUUCAUUGGUUAUGGCAGAUUCAGCUGUUAAGAUGGCACAAGCAGGAUGCCAGUUCAUCACUGUUUUAGGUGUAGAUUUUAUGUCAGAAAAUGUGCGUGCAAUCCUUGAUCAGGCUGGACUUACAGAGGUUGGCGUGUACAGGAUGUCCAACGAACGCAUUGGUUGCUCUUUGGCUGAUGCUGCAUCUAGUCCUGCAUAUAUUGAUUAUCUGGAGGCCGCUUCUAUGUCUUCUCCCUCUUUGCAUGUUGUUUACAUAAAUACUUCACUAGAGACGAAGGCUUAUGCUCAUGAACUUGUUCCGACAAUAACCUGUACUUCUUCUAAUGUUGUGCAAACUAUUCUGCAGGCAUUUGCUGAAGUACCUCACUUAAAUGUAUGGUAUGGCCCUGAUACCUACAUGGGUGCAAACAUAAUGGAGUUGUUCCAACAGAUGACUGUGAUGACCGACAAAGAAAUUGCUGAGAUACAUCCAGGACAUAAUAGAAACUCAAUUAGAUCAUUGCUGCCUCAUCUGCACUAUUAUCAGGAUGGAACAUGCAUUGUACAUCACCUCUUUGGGCACGAAGUUGUGGGGAAGAUUAAUGAAAUGUAUUGCGAUGCAUUCCUAACUGCUCAUUUUGAGGUCCCUGGUGAAAUGUUCUCUCUAGCAAUGGAAGCAAAGAGAAGGGGAAUGGGGGUAGUGGGUUCCACCCAAAACAUAUUAGAUUUCAUUAAACAGAGAGUACAGGAGGCUUUGGAUAGAAGGGUCGAUGACCAUCUUCAGUUUGUGUUGGGAACAGAAUCAGGAAUGGUGACUUCAAUUGUUGCUGCAGUUCGCCAAUUGUUAGGUUCUGUGAAGUCCUCCUCUGAUGGCGCAAAAGUUAGUGUUGAGAUUGUCUUUCCGGUCUCAACAGACUCAGUGACAAGAACAUCAAGGAGUUCGUCCCUUGGCUUUAGUUUGGAUGAAGUUGGAGACUUCAUGAAAGUCCCUGUUAUACCUGGCGUUGCAAGUGGGGAAGGAUGUUCAAUUCAUGGCGGAUGUGCAUCAUGUCCAUACAUGAAGAUGAAUUCUCUUAGCUCACUCCUAAAAGUUUCCCACCACCUGCCCAACGAUAAGGACGACCUAAUUGCCUAUGAAGCUGGCCGUUUCAGUUUGCGAACUCCAAAUGGGAACCUAAUUGCAGAUGUUGGUUGUGAGCCAAUUUUGCAUAUGAGACACUUUCAGGCAACGAAACGACUACCACAGAAGCUUGUCAAUCAAAUCCUUCAUCCUUCCUGCAAUGGACAAUCAAUCCCACUCAGUUAACAAAGAUCAGAGCUCAUAUAGAAAGUGAAUAUGUUGCUGCUAUUCCAGUGUUAGCAACUCCCUUAUGAAUGUGAGAUUCUGCUGUCUGACAAAAUUUUAGUUACACGAAGCUUUACAUGUACAAAGUUUUUGUUUUGUGCACACUCCCAAGUCUCCAUACGUUUUGUUUGAUUGUUUACCAAGUAGUUUCUUUUUCCUUUUUUUUUUUCUUGUUUUAGUUCAUUGGUUGUGUUUUACCAAAUAGUUGAAUGAUAGAUUAUUAGAAGAAUGAGGUCACCAAUUUGUUUAUCA